AUGGAGCGGGUUUUGUACUUUUUCCUUCUAGUUUUAUGUACACUAGAUACUGUACUUGAUGGAGCACAUUUUCGUGGUGGUAUUAUUUCAUGGCGUCCGUUAAACAAUAUAGUAACAGGUACCACUGUACAAGUUCUCAUACAUCAAAGGUACUUUUGGAAUCGACAAUGGGCCAGUUUUGUUUCACAUAAUUGCACGGAAGCGGAUGUCGGUCUUGAAUCACCUAUUCCAGUCUCUUCUGCUUUACUCUGUUUAAAAAACUGCACAAGUUCUACCUAUCCUUCAGGUGGAAUUUCAACUGUUAUGACAACUACAGAUUGUGAUUUAAACCCGAUAAUAGAAUCAUGGGCUGGCGAACGCUACACUACUUUGACCCUGCCUUACACAACAUCGAUUACAAUUGGCUUUAACUCGAGUGCAUGGUUUAGCUCACUCUUGAAGGGUGGAGGACAACCGUGGUCAAUUGCCAAUCGAUUGAAUCUAGCUCCGAGACCCGACAACCUUACCAAUAGCAGUCCUGUUACAAACACAUUGCCAGUAGUAUUUUACCCAGUAAAUACAUCAAUAGUUCAUGUUGUACAAAUGGCAGAUAAUGAUGCUACUGAUAUAUUGUUAUGCCGUUGGUCCGAUCCAAAUUCUACGUACAAUUUCAAUCAAGUUGAUGAAUGUGAAGGUAUCUGCCACGGAUUGCCUUCUGGAACACAGCUCAUCCCAUCCAAUUGUACGUUAUCUUUCAUUCUACCAACUGCUAAUCUCUAUUAUGCUUGUGCACUACAAAUCGAAGAUUAUUUCAACGCUGUCGCCACGACUCCAAUGAGUUCGGUUCCAAUACAGUUCCUAUUCUAUGGAUAUAAAGCUUCCGCUAGUGCAUGUGCACAUCGUCCAAAUAUUACUGGUCUCCGUCCAAACAGAGCUUGUAUUGGAGUUCCAAUUGGUGUUCAGCUUACUGAAACUAUAACUAUAGAAACAUAUUGUCCUGGUCAAACAAUUGUUGAUUUGGUCACUAGUUCACCUAUCGGAAUGACACAUAGUGCUAUUAGUAAUCCAAGUCCUGAUAUGUGGGUAAUGACAUUGACAUGGACACCCAACGCAACACAAGCUGGUCCUCAAGGUUUUUGUGCUGGUGCAAUUGAUAAUAGUAGUCUACAAUCAGAUCCAUGGUGUAUCACAUAUCUAGUUGACUAUGCCUCACCGAAUUUAAUUGUUCCUAGAAUGGUACAAGGAUCAGCAAGUCCUAUAGCAACAAGUGCAGUUGGUCGUCCUUCUCGUAAUGGAACAAAUAUCUGUUUUCACUUGGACUCUACAAAUGCAACAGUUCUAUGUUAUGAUUCUGGAUAUUCUCCAAAUGUUAUUUAUACUGGAUAUACAAUUGUAAUUGUUACAACUAUAACAUGGACACCUGGUCAAUCCUAUUAUGUUACAAUGGAUAGUGGAUUUGCUAGUGGAAGUGUCUUUUGUCAUGCUGAAUCGGCACCCAUUACCGAUAAAACAUUUUGGCGAUUCGAUAUCUGGAAUCCAGCACUUUCAAGUACGACUACAACUACUACUACUCCACCAACAACUCAUACAGUUACAAGCCUAGGAACAACUACUACUUCAAUCAAUACUGCAUGUACAACAAGUGGAAUAGUAGUAACUAGUACAAAUGCUUCAACGACUACAACAACUGCCAGUACUACACCUCCAACUACAGCUGCUCCAACAACAGCAGGUCCAACUACCACAGGCGUAACAACUGAAUCGACCAUUCCUGUUUUUUAUCCAGCAGAUUUCGAAAAUGCAUGUAAACAACCAGUUGCAAUUAUGUCAGCUGUUAUGAUGGUUGCUUUUAUGCCUAUACAUACUUUGGCAAUGUAUGCUGCUUUCACAAAAUUCUCAAAUAUGUUCAAACCAUCAAACACUGCUGCAAAAGCAAGACAUCAACAACGAAUGAAAAAUAUUCUUCGACGUUAA